UGCACGUGUGUACGUUGCGAGAAUGCAACACUGCAGAUGUUUUCCUUUCUUCAGCAUCUCGGCAUUUGAUUGGCGCGGACGAAGUCUUCACCGGCGUAAAAGACGAGGCACCGCGACCGCUCGUUCAUUCCCACUGAGCUUCGUCGACGAUUUCGUGCUGCUGUACGUACUACCAUGGCCUCUGCACCUGAGCCGAAGAAAUAUGUUUUGAAAGGAUUCAGUGAUGUUCUCGACGGGCGUCUCAUCCGGUUCGUAGAUCAGCUGCCAGCCGGCUUGCCUAUCUGUUCGCUGUGCUCCGUGGUGCCUUUCGAGCACUAUUCCCUGAGCUGCAAGCACGUGUAUUGCGGCCCGUGCUUUCUCGAAAGCGUGAAGGUUUCUACCACCUUACGGUGCCCGAUGGACGGGAAGCUGCUUCGCCCGCGCAGGGCCGUGCCCUUGGCCACCGCCGAUGUUGACGUGCUGAGCAGAUUGGUAGCGUGCUGUUGGAACAAGGACUACGGAUGUAGCUACACCGGCAACCUGGGAGAUCUGGAGGCCCACGUCCGAGACUGCUACGAGGUUACCUGCGGCCUCUGCUCCGGAAAGCUGCUGAGGUCGCGACUGGUCGGUCACCUGGAGACCGCUCAUUCGGGAACUAGGAAGACCAGCUCUAAGAAAGCCAAGCGACGCGAAGAGGCCGUUGUGGCUUCAGCUGAAGCUUCUUCCGGCGCCUUGGUCGAGAGGGGAAACGGAGACGCGGAGCAUGAAGGUGGUGCCGUGACUGGUGAGAAAGCGGCUGCAACGCCAGCUGGGGCGAAGACCACUCAGCUUUCGCACGAACGCGUCCUGGAGCUAAUCGAAGCUACGGCGACCAGGACCGCGUCCAAGGCGGCGGAUGACGUGAAGAAAGUGAACGGGACUAUGUUGCGCGACAUCUUUGGCGCUAUCGAGAUGAUCAACCACCGCCUGACACAACAUGAACGUUUGACAGCAGUCGCCUUCACCGGAUCUUCCCGCAACGAAGAUGCUGCGCAAGCCGCUGUCUUCGAGCGUCCGCGGAAGCAAGAGCACGUCGACGAGUACACGUGGACGGUAUGCCAAUACUCCAAGAUUCGUGUCGGCAUACACUACGUCGUAAGCCCGCUAUUCGUCAUCGCUCCAGGUUACAGGGUCCAGCUUACCAUCUGCAUUGACGGCAUCACGCUGGUCGAACUGAGCGCGUCUGUGAAGGUCCACCGUGGGGACGGCGACAACCAGCCGCUUGAAUGGCCGUUUCAGAGGACGUGUCUAUUCACGCUCUUCGAUAAAUCUGGGAACGGGGCUCACGUGACGAGCCUGUUCACUCCGAAGGACCUUUUCAACAGCGCCAUUACUGCUUCGCCCUCGACUGAGGACGGUUCUCUAGUCUCGGGUUGGCUGACUGUUAGUAAGAUGACGCGGCUCACCUUUGAACGCGAUUACAUAGAAAAUGACGGAUUUACUCUUGCCUUCAGUACUAACCCCUCGCCGUAGUGAACUUUUAAUGUUUUAAACUCGCUCCUAUUGAGUUUUUAUCGGUUUUACGUCCUUUCAGGACGGAGCGUUUUAUUUCCAUGACUCGGCCACUAAU